GGCCCGCCCCCCCGCCGCCUGCAGCAGCUUCCCCAGCCCUUUCUGUCCGCUCCUACCCGGGGGCCCCCUCCCCGGGGGGCCCCCCGGGGGGCCCCCCCGGGUCUUCCGGGGGUCUUUGCUUCCAUGUCAGGGCCCUGAGAGACGCAGCAGACCCUCCGUCUCCCGCUGCAGCAGCAGCAGCAGCAGCAGCAGCAGCAGCAGCAGACCCUGACGUGGACGUCACAGACGAGCACUGCACCAUCGUCUGCCACGAGGCCCGGGAGAGUCCUGCUGCGCUGCGGCUGCGGCUGCUGCAGCGGGAAGCUGUGCUGAAGGCAAUUGCUGCUGCUGCUUUCUGCUGCUCCCCGCAGCAGCAGCAGCAGCAGCAGCAGCAGCAGCAGCAGCAGCCUCAAGUCCAAGUCCAAAAGAUCUCCGGAGGCCUCAGCAACCAGCUCUACCUCGUCCUCAUCGCCCAGGCUCCCUCGGGGGCCCCCCAGGGGGGCCCCCAGGGGGGCCCCCAGGGGGGCCCCCAGGGGGGCCCCCAGGGGGGCCCCCAGGGGGGCCCCCAGGGGGGCCCCCAGGGUACUGGGGGGCCCCCCGUGAGGAAGGCUUUGAUUCGGGUGUAUGGACACCAGCAGGGGACGGCGCUGUUCAGCGCGAGGGCGGAAAGAAGACUUUUUAAAACUUUGGGAAAGUUGGGAGUGGCCCCCAAGUGUCUUGCAGAGUUUGAGUACUCACGGCUGCAGGUGCAGUGUAGUGAUUCUGCUUUUCCAGCUCUUUGUAUUCCGUCGCUGAAUUCAGGCCCGCCUCCACCGGCCCCAGCAGCAGCAACAGCAGCAGCAGCAGCAGCAGCAGCAGCAGCAGCGGCUGCUGCAGCAGCAGCAGCAGCAGCAGAAGCGUGUCCGACAGCUGCUGCUGCUGCUGCCUCUGCCGCCUCGAGUCCUGGGGCUGCAUGGCCAGGGAGGCCCUCGAAGUGGUCCUCAGGGAGGGGCCCCUCCCUCCAGGUGAAGUGUGGGGCCCCGAGGCCCCUGAGGGGCCCCCAGGGGGCCCCCCAGGGGGGCCCCGAGGCCCUCAUGUUGUCCACUGCGAGGAAGUUGAGGGUUUUGGGAUUGGAGAAGUUUUUGGAAGAAGCAGUUUGGCUGACGGGGCAGAUAAGGGCCCUUGCUGCUGCUGACGCGGCUUACUUUGGGCAGCUGCAGCAGCAGCUGCAGCAGCAGCAGCAGCAGCAGCAGCAGCAGCAGCAGCAGGGAGACGCAGCAAGCCGCGCAGACACCAAGGGGCUGCUUUGGCUCUCCGGAACUUUCCCUGUGCUCAGCCACAACGACUACCAGGAAAACAAUGUGCUGCUGAGAGCGUCUGCAACAGAGGCAGCACAUGCCGCGGGCAGCAGCAGCAGCAGCAGCACUCACUGCAGCACCAACUGCAGCAGCAGCAGCAGCAGCAGCAGCAGGAGCGCGAGCUGCAGCCCCACACUGCCACGAGCACAACCAGCAGCAGCAGCAGCAGCAACGGCAGCAGCAUUCGCAGCCUUAGCAGCAGCGGCAGCCGCAACAGCUGCGCCAGCAUCUGCCGCUGCAGCGUCUACCGCUGCAGCAGCAGCAGCAGCAGCAGCAGCAGCAGCAGCAGCAGCAGCAGCAGCAGCAGCAGCAAAUUUGUUUUGUGUGCAGUCCCCCACCGGCGAGCUGCGGCUAAUUGACUUCGAGUACUCCGGGGCAAACGCGAGGGCUUUCGAUGUGGCCAAUUUGUUCUGCGAGGCCACGCUAGACUACAACGCAAACCCUCAGUGGCCCUUCUACAGCUACUUGCCGCAGCAAAUGCCGAGCGAGGAGCUGCGCAGACACCUGAUUGAGGUGGAGCACAUGAUGUUGGUGUCCCAUUUAGUCUGGGCUUUCUGGUCAAUCGUUCGGACAAAGGUGCCUGAAGACCCAGAGUCCUUCUCUUAUCUUGACUACGCCAAAACAAGGCUAGAGCUUUACAGCGAGAAGAAAAAGGAGAUGUUGGCGAAUGGCAUUAUCUAA